GAAGUGGUUGCUGGUCGCUGCAGGGCAACACCCCGGCGUCCCUGGAAGCCGGGAGCCGGACACCCCGGCGUCCCUGGAAGUGGGGGGCCGGGGUGGUGCUGGGGAGGCGGCGCAGAGCCAUCGCCCAGGGAACCCCGGGUUGGGGACAGACCGCAAGAUCUGCGUUCUCCUGCACUCCGGAUUGGCCCCUUCUUUUCAUUCAGGGUCUCUGGGAUCUAGAUAGUUCUGCCAGGCUGAAUCAUGGCUAGACGACCCUUCGUCUUAGGUGACCAGUUGAUUCUGGAGGAAGAUUCUGAUGAGACCUACGUCCCUAGUGAGCAAGAAAUCCUUGACUUUGCCAGAGUGAUUGGUAUUGACCCCAUCAAGGAACCAGAACUGAUGUGGCUGGCGAGGGAGGGUAUUGAAGCGCCAUUGCCCAAGGGCUGGAAACCAUGCCAGAACAUCACAGGUGACAUUUACUAUUUCAACUUUAACACUGGUCAGUCCAUUUGGGACCAUCCAUGUGAUGAGCACUAUCGAAAGUUGGUCAUCCAAGAGCGGGAGAAGUGGUUGGCUCCUGGGGCCAUUAAGAAGAAAGACAAGAAAAAGAAAAAGGAAAAGAAAAACAAGAAGGACAAAGAGACGUCCAAAAGUCCUCUGGAGACACAGCCUGAGCAGGGACUUCUGCCUUCUUCCUCCUUUCACCGCGGCCUGUCCCCUCUCCCAGCACCUGGGCUUGCUGACCUGGACCUAGACCAAGAGGUGCAGGUUAGAAGCGAGGCCUCCUUUAAGAAAGGGAGGAGCCUGUGCAUGCCGGGCGACACCCCAUGGCCCCUCAUGGGUGCCCUUCCUGGCAAGCUGCAGCCACUCUCCAAAGGCCAAGCUCCUCGGACCCACCAAAUCUUUGCUGACGUGGAGAAAAUCUUAGGCAGACCUCCGGUCCAGUGCAAGACAGAGUCAGGAGACCCACAGGGUCUGGAGUUAACUCAGAAAGCAACAGAGAAAAUCUACCUGGAAUUUUCAGACCCUGAAAUAGAACAGCUGGAACUGAGGAGCAGACAGCAGAAACCUGGCACGGGGGCCGCUCAGAUCCCUGAGCCGCUCAAGAAUGGGCAGGAUGCGUUAGAAUGCAGGAGCCAGACUCCUGUCCACUCUAAAUUUCCCGAAGCCCCCAGAGGCCUGCAGCUGAAAGGGGAGCAGCGUAGUCACAGCGUAGCCACACUGAGCUGCACUGGCCCUGGAGGGGACAAAGGUCAGAGCCCCAUUCCUUUGCCAUCCUCUGAGGAGGAGCCCUCCCUGUCCCUCUGUUCAUCUGACCAUGCACUGCCUUCCAGGAGAAGCAAGCUGUUUUUACUAGAGAGCAGCCCAGCAGAAGACUUGAGCUGGCAGGGAGUUCCUGGGGAAGGUGGGGAUCUGGGUAGGGGGAGAUGGAGGAGAGAGCCUCCGGGACUGUGGAUGGGACAGGUCUCCAAGCUUGUCAACAAGGACACCACAGAGAGCUGCAAGGAAGUGGAGCCUGCUGCUCCCGAGGUUCCAGAGGCCUCAGCUGAAGAUGCACCACAGGGCCUCUUCUUGAUGCCACCUGAUAACCUGGCAUCAGAACUAGCUUCAAAGCCCCCUUCAGGGGAUUCUGACAGUAAAGGGAGGCACCAUCUACACGAGUCUCCGGAGUUUCCCAAUGAAGAUAGGGAGCCUAGUGUGCCCGGGGCUGACUCGGAUAGCAGUAGUGGAGGGGGCAGCAGCCUGGCCUCUCCCCUUGGCUCACAGGUCCUAGGUGAGGUAAGCAACUUCCCCUGGGACCUGCAGAGCCCCCAGGGCUGUUUUCCUAUCGUGGGUCAGUCAGACCCAGGGCCUAGAGAUGUGCGUUUCUGCCCUUUCCUGGUGCCCCAGUUGCCCCCCACACAGAGCUCUGCUGAGGAGAAGUCAGAGAGUGAAGACUACUCUGAGGACCAGAGAUUCUACCAGCACAUUCUGCAGAUGGUCAAGCUCUCCAGACGGCUGGAGGGUCUGGAACUGCCUGAGAACGUGCAGGAAAUGCCGUGCAAAGACGUCGCCGGCAUGGUCUGUGGCAUGGCCACCGAGUCAUCCAGGAUGUGUAGUGAGGGUGAACACAAGGCCAUCAGAACUCAGGAGAGGGACUCGGAGCUACUGGCUUGGGGGCCGGAGCUGCUGGAACAUUCUCCAGAAGUGGUCUCUGCCUCUGCCAGGCAGGAGCUCUCUCAGCAAGCACAGUGCCAGCUAAGCAGUGGCCUCAAGCAAGGGCUAGUCCAGCCGAGUUCUGACACCGGGCUUGCUGCAGAGCCAAGCAAGAUGCAGCUUCUCAACCAGGUCCUGGGUUCCCCCUUAGCCCCAGUCCAGGCCCCUCUUUGGAGCCUGGCUCCCUUACGAGGCCUUGGGGAUGCCCUACCCGCUGCUCUUCGUGGAUCUCAGAGUGUGAGCCUGGGGAGCUCAGCAGAUUCUGGGCAGCUUGGGGAACCCACGCUGCCUUCACAGGGUCCCAAGACUGCUGCUUGUGCAAAGGGUUCCUUGGGCUCUACCCACGAGGGCAAGCGUACUCUCAGUCUCUUGGCUUUAGGGGAAGAGACCAACGAGGAGGACGAGGAGGAGAGUGACAACCAGAGUGUCCGAAGCUCUGGUGAACUUCUCAAGAACCUGCAUCUGGACCUCGGUGCCCUGGGAGGUAACUUUGAGUACGAGGAGUCUCCGAGAUCCAGCCAGCCAGUGGACAAGAAGGAUGUUUCUCUCAACUCAAAUGCUGAUCGGCCCCCUACUCCUGGCAAGCUGUUCAGUCAGGGUGCUGACAGCAGUCUGGGCAGUGUUGAUGGCAGCAGAUCCCAGGGAAGAGUGGCAAGUCCCCAGAGCGCACAGAAAGAAAAUGAGAAUCCCAAGAUUUCUGCAAGUCAGGUGGCUCCUAGGUGGGGCCCUGGGGGUGAUCACCCUGCGAAGGACUCGAAGAAGGAGCGGGCAGAGGACAUAGUGGAAGCAAAAGAGGAGGGUUCCAAGAGGGAAGGUGCAGCCAAAGAAACUCCCGCCCUGGAGGAGAACACAUCAGAUGCCAGUGAGGAGUCAGAGAUCCUUGAACACUUGAAGGACCCACAGCUCUCAGAGUCCGAGGCUUCUGUUCCCAAGUCUUUCCUUGGCCUGGACUUUGGAUGUCGCAAUCAGAUCUCAGAGCACCUGCUGGAUGGUGACAUGCUUUCUCCGGUCUUGGGUAGAGCCCACCUAGAGGCCCAGGGGUUAGGCCAAGAACGAGAUGACAGCCAGUCCAGCAGAGCUGAGCCACAGAGCAAGCAUUCCCAAGUCUCUGAGAGGGAACAGCUCCAGAGUACCCUGCACAGCCAGGCUGUGGAGGAAGGACUUCUGCAGACCCCGGAGGGGCAGCCUGAGUGGAAGGAAGAAGAGUCUGGAAAGGACUCUGUAGCCAGCCCCACCCCACUGGCCCCCCUUCAGAGGGAGCAGGUCCUGAGCCUGCCUGCUUUCCCUGAGAGGUCUGAGGAGAAGCACUCCCAGGCUGAAGAGCUGGGUCUUGGGCAGCAAGAGGCUGAGGAGCCUGAGGAGAAGGUGGCAGUCAGCCCCACCUCAUCUGUCUCUUCAGAGGUGCAAACCACAGAGCCUGCAGCUCCCCAAAAGCAGUUCUCAAAGGCUAUACUGAAGGCCGCAGACGAGGCAGUGACCCAGGAACCGAAGGAAGACCAGAGGCAGCUGCUGGAGCUGAAGAAAGAGAGGCAGAAGCAGCUGGAAGAAAGGCUGUGGCGGGAAGAGGAGGAGGAGGUGCAACGGCUUUACCAGCAGAAGGAGAAAUCCCUCAGCCUCCUGAAGGCGCAGCUGCAGAAAGCUGCUGCGGCAGAAGAGGAGGAAGAGGAGACUCGGAUAAGAGAGGAAGAAAGCCAGAGGCUGGCCCGCCUCUGGGCCCAGGUGCAGUCCAGUACAGAAGCAUUUGAGAACCAAAUUAGAACCGAGCAACAGGCUGCCCUCCAGAGGCUUCGAGAGGAAGCAGAGACCCUCCAGAAGGCUGAAAGAGCCAGUUUGGAACAGAAAAGCAGGAGGGUGCUGGAGCAGCUAAGGGAGCAGCUGGAGGCCGAGGAGAGGAGUGCCCAGGCCGCCCUGAAGGCGGAGAAGGAGGCUGAGAAGGAGGUGGCUCUGCGGCAGCUGAGGGAGAAGCUGGAAGGGGAGAGGAAAGAGGCAGUGGCAGACCUGGAGAAGGAGCACAGUGCUGAGCUGGAGCGGCUCUGUUCCUCAUUGGAGGCCAAACACCGGGAGGUGGUCUCCAGCCUCCAGAAGAAGAUAGAGGGGGCUCAGCAGAAAGAGGAGGCCCAGUUACAGGAGAGCCUUGUGUUGGCAGAGCAGAGAGCUCACCAGAAGGUUCAUCAGGUGACUGAGUAUGAGCAAGAGCUUAGCAGCCUCUUUCGAGACAAGCGCCAGGAGGUAGAGAGGGAACAUGAGAGGAAGAUGGACAAGAUGAAGGAGGAGCACCGGAAAGCGAUGGCUGAAGCCAGAGAGCGAUACGAAGCUGAGGAAAGAAAGCAGCGUGCUGACCUCCUGGGGCACCUGACUGGAGAGCUGGAGCGCCUGCGAAGGGCCCACGAGCGAGAGUUGGAGAACUUGAGGCAGGAGCAGGACCAGCAGCUUGAGGACCUCAGGCGGCGGCAUCGGGAUCAAGAAAGGAAAUUACAAGAUUUAGAGGUGGAACUUGCAGCCAGAACUAAAGAUAUCAAGGCCAGAUUGGCUCAGCUGGAUGCCCAGGAAGAGAACAUGCGGAAAGAGAAGCAGCUGCUCCUGGAUGCGCAGAGGCAGGCCGCUCUCGAGAAGGAGGAAACCACAGCCACCCGUCAGCACCUGGAAGAGGCAAAGAAAGAGCAUACCCACCUGGUGGAGUCAAAGCGACAGCUGCGGAGGGUCAUCGAUGACCUGCGUGUCCGGCGGGUGGAGCUGGAGUCCCAGGUGGAUCUGUUGCAGGCACAAAGUCAGAGGCUGCAGAAGCACCUGAGUAGCCUAGAGGCUGAAGUUCAAAGGAAACAAGACAUGUUUAAAGAACUGGCAGCUGAGAAUAAUGCAUCCCCACAUUUGGAGCCAGAUCUCCACAUUGAGGACCUGAGGAAAUCCCUUGGCACAAAUGAGACCCAGGAGGUGUCCUCUUCCCUCUCGCAGAGCAAGGAGGAGAUCGACCUGGCCAUGGACAGUGUCCGACACUUCCUCUCUGCUGAGGGUGUAGCUGUCCGGAGUGCAAAGGAGUUCUUAGUGCGCCAGACACGCUCCAUGAGGAGGCGACAAACGGCCCUGAAAGCCGCCCAGCAGCAUUGGCGCCGUGAGCUGGCUAAUGCCCAGGAGGUGGAUGAAGACCUCCCAGGCACCAAGAUCCUGGACAAUGUGUGCAAGAACUUGGAUGAGGAGACCAGGCACCUGGAUGAGAUGAAGUCAGCCAUGAGGAAAGGCCAUGACCUGCUGAAGAAGAAAGAAGAGAAGCUGAGCCAACUGGAAUCUUCUCUACAGGAAGAGGUCUCUGAUGAGGACACUCUGAAAGGAUCCUCUAUCAAGAAGGUGACCUUUGACCUCAGUGACAUGGAAGACUUGAGCAGCGAGAGCUCUGAGUCCUGCCCCCUGCCUCACAUCACCCUGACCCCAAGCUCCGCCGAUCCCAACAAGAUCCACUACCUGAGCAGUUCCCUUCAGCGGAUCAGCAGUGAGCUGAAUGGUGUGCUGAGCGUGCUGGGCAGCCUCAACUCCCAGCCGCCACCACCUCCGCUCCUCACCUCCUCGCUUCGGCCCUCCAAGAACACCCCUACCCCAGCCUAUCCCCUCCUGACCAAGCCGUCGUCCUCAUCGUCUGCCACACCCACGUCCACCCAGUGGGCCUGGGACCCGGGCCAGGGCACCAGGCUCUCCUCCUCCUCGCAAACCGUGGACGACUUCCUGCUGGAGAAGUGGCGCAAGUAUUUUCCUUCUGGUGUCCCGUUGCUCAGCGGCUGCCCUCCCCCACUGGAGAACAAGCUCGGCUAUGUGUCUGUAAGUGAGCAGCUCCACCUCCUGCAGCACUCCCAUUCUCGAGUCCCCAAGAUGGACAGCGUCAGCGUCCAGAGCAUGAUCGAGUCUAACCGGAAGUGGCUAGAACAUUUCAAGAAUGACCCCAAGGUACAGCUCUUCUCCUCAGCGCCCAAACCAACAGCCACUUCGAACUUACUGCAGCUGGGCCUGGAUGAGAACAACAGACUGAAUGUGUUUCACUAUUGAGGCCUGUGGGGCGGUGGCCUCCUCGUCUACACCAAGUGCCUGAGGCACCAUCAGCACCUUAUUUCCCUCUGAUCAAGCAUGUCCUCUAUUGUGUGUUCCACCCAGGACUUGGAGGAACCCCCGGGUAGGUAGGCGGGAAGCUCGUCAUUACGGUAAACAGCCACACAUGCUUCGCCCAUGGACUGUCCUGAGCAGGAAUAUACGGACAUCUGCAAGCUUCUGCAUCAAAGCAGCUGCCAAGGUCUUCAGGGAUGUGGCCACCUUCAAUUAAAGCUGCUGCCUUGGGAGGCCUAGGAAGUCUCCUUGGAGUUCGGGUUUUUAACCUUCAAGUCCUGCCGAGGGCUUUCAUGGAGGAAGGGAGUGUGGUCCUUUGUUCAGGACAGCCACCUGGCACUAUGCCCUGGAACCUGGCUGUAGCUGUCUUUCUGAUACCUCAGCCCCAUAAGGGUCACAUCCGUUCCUCUCUUUUUGGCUUUUUUCUUUUUUAUUGUGUUCUUUUGACUCUCUCAGGUCUGGGCUCAGCUGCCUGAGUCCUGCUGGAGUUGUUUCCAGGCCCCAGAUGUUCUACAUCUUUCCCUCAGCCAGCACUGGGCUUUCCUCAGGGCCAGCAGUCUUCCCUCCCUUAGGAUGCUCUCUGGAGCUCUCCCUUGCUCUCAGGUCUCAAACACCUAUCUCUCCAGGAAGCCAAAAAGAAAGCCAUAGAAAGAGAUGGGGCUGACUUCUGCUCCGUCUUGAUAUUUCUCUUCCUACAACAUCCUUGUGUAUCUGCGAGCCCUGUGUCCCUCUGUCCUUCCACCUGGGCCACCCCUGUCUUAAUCCAGCUAUCAACUCUUCCCAGAGCUCCGUGGAGGGCGACUACCUGGUACCGGCAGGGACUGUCUUGGCCAGGUGGUGCUUCUGGCACAGCCUCUACAGCCCCACAUCCCCCAGUGGGCUCUGCAGGCGAUCUUCUCGGCAUCUGUCUCAUUGUUUAAACAAAAUGCCUCAUUUUUCUUGUCUUGAGAAGCUGCGGGCUGCCUUUACCCGCUCUCACCGCUUUGUUGCUCAUUUCUUCGCCAUGGAAUACGACCCUAAGAACCAGUUGGCUUUUUAUGCUCUUAGGUAAAUUUUUAAGUCAUCAGCCGACCACACGCAGAAGAAGUCCAUUUUGUUAUUUGUUCCACUCUGUGUGCCUUGAGAGCAGCUUGUGUGAUCCGACCAACCCUGGUGACAAUCCUGUGUCUUUUUGCAUCUAUUAAAUCUCUGCAAGUCUGUUUUUUAUA